UUAAAGUGACAUCAUUAAUUUGAAAUGUUUUUCAUUAUGUGUCCUCUAAAAAUUUCUAUUUUAAUUGUGAUAUAAUUCUUUUGAAUAUAUUAUUAAGGAUUAACGUAUUUUAGAAGUUUUACAAAUCAAAGAUUGCCGUGGAAAAUAAGUAUAAACAAUCGGGUAGUGUGUGGAGACUCAAGAAAGUGAUUCGAAAAUUGUAGAACUUUGGACUAACUCAGAUCUUACCGACUCAAGUCAAGAAUAGAGCCUGUGAUUGACAUUGAUAGCACAAGUGACUAGGUGACUUGUUCAAAUGAAUAUGGCUGACGACCCAUAUGAUAAGCCUCCAGCCCCUCCAGUUCGACUGACUAGUGCUAGGGAUUCUUCAUCAGUACCUGUUGAUAUGAAGCCUCUUCCCAAAGAACCUGACAGUGAAGAAAAGAAGAAAGUGAAAUAUGGAACACCUUCAAAGAGUACAAAAAAGAAGGAUGCAGACAAACCUGUCAUUUCUCCACCCACAAACUUUGAACAUACUAUCCAUGUGGGAUUUGAUGCAAUUACAGGGGAGUUUACUGGAAUGCCAGAGUCUUGGGCAAGAUUAUUACAGAAUUCCAACAUUACCAAGUCAGAACAGAAGAAGAAUCCUCAAGCAGUGUUAGAUGUGUUAAAUUGGUAUGAUGCCUCUACUAAAGAGAAACAAGAGUCUAAGUACAUGACAAUGAACCGUAUGUUAGCCCAGCUUUUGGCCCAAUGGCAACAAAGUACAUAUCCUUCACCAAGGCCAAGCUAUCUUCCAGAUAAAGAGACAUCCAAUAUUGUGAUUCCACCUCCUGUGUCGCCAAAACCAGAACCAUCUCCACCCUCCACUCCUGAGGAAGAAGAAGAGGAAUCAGGACCACCUCCACCAGUAGCUGCCCGACCAGAAAAGACUAAGUCUAUAUACACAAAGCCAGUAGAUGAAGAAGUAAAGAAUGGAGCAGGGUUUGGAUUUGAUAAGAGAGAUAUUGCCAAUAAUAACAAUACAGCUGCAAGACCUAAAAAGAAAAAAAUGUCAGAUGAGGAAAUUAUGGAGAAACUGAGAAUUAUAGUUGCUGUUGGAGAUCCAAAUAAAAAGUAUACAAAAAUGGAGAAAAUUGGUCAAGGGGCUUCAGGUACUGUGUACACAGCUAUUGAGAUAGCUACAGGUAUGGAGGUAGCCAUCAAGCAGAUGAACCUUUCUCAACAACCCAAGAAGGAACUAAUCAUUAAUGAACUGCUAGUGAUGCGUGAAAACAAACAUCCAAAUAUUGUUAACUAUCUAGACAGUUAUCUUGUGGGAGAGGAACUGUGGGUAACAAUGGAAUACCUACCCGGAGGUUCACUGACUGAUGUUGUCACUGAAACCUGCAUGGAUGAAGGGCAGAUUGCUGCUGUUUGUAGAGAAGUACUUCAGGCUCUAGAAUUUCUUCAUUACAACCAUGUGAUUCACAGAGACAUAAAAAGUGACAACAUUUUACUUGGCAUGGAUGGUAGUGUUAAACUUACUGAUUUUGGGUUUUGUGCUCAGAUCUCUCCUGAACAAAGUAAAAGGACAACAAUGGUUGGCACUCCAUACUGGAUGGCUCCUGAAGUUGUAACUCGCAAGCAGUAUGGUCCUAAAGUUGACAUCUGGUCACUUGGUAUCAUGGCUAUAGAAAUGAUUGAAGGAGAACCUCCUUACCUCAAUGAAAACCCCCUUAGGGCACUUUACUUAAUUGCAACCAAUGGAAAACCUGAAAUCAAAGAGAAAGAAAAGUUAUCACCAGUCUUCCAAGACUUUCUUGAUAAGUGCCUGGAUGUUGAUGUGGACAAACGAUUUUCAGCUUGUGAAUUACUUAAGCACCCAUUUCUGAAGCUUGCACGACCUUUAGCAAGUUUACAUCCACUCAUAGUGGCAGCAAAAGAAGCAGCAAAAAGUCACUAGAAAUACAAAGAUUUUUCAUCACUCUUGGGAAGAUUUUUGAUAGUAUGGUGUUGUUCUAUCUGGUAAGACAUUUUUACCAUUAAUAGUUUUUGCAUUGCGGGUGAUCUUCAAAGAAUUGUUUAUGAGUUAGUUUUGGGCUGAUUUCUAAAAUACGACGAACAGAGUUAAGACUAACAGGUCAACUUCUGCGAUAGACAGUAACUUGAGCCUUAAAAACCAGCAUUUCAGUAAAAUGUUGGAAUGGGUGUAUGCUCUGAUGAAACAUCAUAAGUCAAGGUUGGAUACUGGAUAAAAACCAUCUGUCUCUCUCUCUCUCUGUAUUUUAACUGGUGAUAAAUUGUUCAGGAACAUCCUGCUACUUGAAAAUGCUGCUUAAAGAAUGAUUGAGAAAACUCAUUAGCUUCAGUGGCAUUUCAACUUCUCUCUUAGUUAGAUUAAUGGAUUCAGAACUUUGUUGAAGCAAAAAAAUGAAAACAAAUCAUAUAAGAAAUCAAGGAAUAUUUUACUCUUAAUAAUAACAGUGAUGCUUAAAAAUUUUUAUUGUGAACCUGCCAGUGAUGAUUUUGAAAACUGUUUGUAGUGCUUCUGAAGUUAAAAACUGUUAAUAUUAAAAAAAUCAUGUAAAAUGAAAACAUUAGAUAACAAACUUCAUAUCACGACAGAGUGGGAACUGCAGUUUCGAACUAUCGAUCUACGCAAGUCAGUGUUACAGAUUGCCACCAAGUGAAACCAAGGAAGAAAAAAAGUAAUGCUUAUGAAACCCUGAUUUUCACCUAAAUCAUUACUUCCUUUGCAUGUUAGCAGGUAUUUUUAGAUACCAAAAAUCAAAUUUGGACAUUAGGAAAGUGUGAACUACUGUUUCUUAAACAAAAGGAGAAUUGAAAGAAUACUGUACUAUGAAUUCUGAUUAAGUCAUAAUUACUUCAUCAGUGAGACAAGAAUGAACUCCAUUAUAAUCUAAACAAUCAAAUUGGUGAAACUUUUUUUUUUUUUUGGUUUGUAAAAUGGGACACAAAAAAUGUAAAAAUAUUUUGUCCUUGAAAGGUCUGGAUUUUUCUCAUGUUUAUUAUAUAUAUAUGUUUGCCUGUAAUGUGAAAUUAUUGAGGUGCUGUUUUAACAUAUAAGUAAUGUACGUAAAGAGUGAUAUUCAAGAGAUGUUGAUCGUCUUCCUACUGAUGAUCUAGUAAUCUAGAAGGUAACUUGAUUUUAAAGCUAAAUGAGCACUUGACGAAAAGAAAGCAUUCCUUUGGAUUGUACAUUAUUAAUCAGUCCUUUUCAUCAGAAAAUAUUAGCUUUUUAGUAUUUACAAACCUCCUUCAGUAAGCUUUUAUACAUUGUUCAUUCUGUUCAUUUACAGUUUUUAAUAUUUAUAUGCAUGGUUCCACAAUAAUGUUUUACCUUGAUGGCCAGUUGGUGUUUACAGACUUAUAGUACAAUGCUAAUUCCCAGCUGUAAAAUUUAUUUAUUAAUAUUUUACACUUUCUGCUGAUUUUAUGGUUCUGACUAUUAUAGUUCUGAUCGUAUGAAAGUGUAUUUUGUUUUUGGUCUUAUUUUUUAAGUAGUGGCUUGUCAUUUUUGGUUAAAAUUAUUUAGUAAUAUCAAGUGAAACUUCAUGGUAGUAUUUUUAUUAUGUGCAAUUGUUAUUACAUUUAUCCUUACUUUAAUACUUUGCAUUUUAUUUUAACAUAAUUGUGCUUGACAGCUGAUAUUUUUAAGAGAAAAAAAAUAAAUAAAAAAAAAGUUCACUUGGAUAUUCAAGAAGUUUCAUUGAUGUUGAAUGAUAUGCAGUCAAAGGUAGGUGUAUAUUUAUAAAACCACUGGAAGUACAUGUUUCUUCCAUUUUAACUAGUUUCAGUAUAAUUUGUGAAAACGUCUUUCGUGUAUUUCAUUCUUUUAGAGAUCUGUACAUGAUGGUAUAAUGACUAAGGCAUGAAUUUUGAGAAAUUUGUGUGGAUGACUGAAAGUAUCAGACUUGUUUGUUAACCUACAAGUAGUGAUUAUCAGUAGCAAUUGUUUUGGUAAUACUCUUGAAAACAUUUUAAAAAAAUACUUAGGUGUAAAUGAGACAGAGAAACAUGGUAUGGCUGUAACAAAUGCAAAUAGGCCUGCCAUGAACUAAAAGCCUACUUAAUGCUUUCUAACUUUAGUGUUGUUAAGCCUUGUGACCUAUUCAGAAGGAAGGUUUUCCAGACAUACCUUUAAAUAACAAUUUCGUUUUCAGAUUGCAAAAGGAUGCAUGUGUCAUCAAUUUGGUAGUGAUAUCUUGGUUUAAAAUUCUAUAUAUAUGAAUGGAAUUUCUUUUACACACUAGGUUUCUGUAAUAGUUGUUGUAGGUAUUUAUCAAAAGCUCUCUAUGGAUACAUAAUACAGAUUAUUGUGUUCCACCAGUCUGUAAGAUGCAUUCAAAGUUAAUUAAUAUUGUUUAUUUUUUUCUAAAUAAUAAAAACAAAAAGGAAAUGAUUGUAGCAGGUCAGUGAAAACAUAUUAGCUAGUAUGUAAAAUUUAUAGCACUCCUGUACUUAACAAGCUCAUUAGCCAGAUUUAUGGAAUUGACAAUUUUAACUGUAGUAGAUUUUCAGAGAUAGCUGAUCAGAUAGAUAUAUGACCCAUAGUUAUAAUCUAAUGUUGACAAUUUAGCCUUGUUAUUAAUUGCAUGUAUUUGACAUGUACAUAAAGUAUUACAAUUAAACUAAAAGCAUCAGUGCAAACAUUUCCUUCAGUGGUUGUACUGCACAUUUUGUACAAUGUUUUCUUUUUCCUCCAAUUGUUUUUUAAACCUAUAAGGUGAUUCAAAGUCAUGCAUUUACUUUAUAAACAGGACCACCCCCUUCCCUGUGAUAGUAUAUGGGAGAUCCUUCAGUCUUUCAGAUAUAUUUUAGACUGAAAGAUAGUAUUUGCAGUUACUUUUCAGGGCAUAGUUAAUGUUCUCUCUGUUCUCUAUAAAAGCUCAGCAAUACUGAUCUCUGAAAGUAUGAAUUAUAUCAGUCUCCAUUAUUACUAUAUAGUUUGUCCUAGAAGUCAGUUUCCAUACACAUUUACAGAAUGUGUUCAGGCAACUAAUGUUUGAGACAUCACAUAAAUUAAAAAUUUCUCUAAUCUUUAUAAUUCUGUUGAGUUCAAUGCAACAUCCUAUAUGUACCAAAAGUUCUAUAAGAGCAGCUUAAUGUUGACAACCAAGUUUCUUUUUUGCUAUUUGGUUUAGAUAUAUGUUGCUUCCAAAAAACAGUUUAAUCAAUAUCAUUAAUGUAAUGGGUCUUACAUUUGUAUUUCUCAUAAGAUUUUAAAUUAUCUUGUGAAAUUUGUUUUUGUACUUACAUAUCUGUGCUACAUUGGUAAACUAUAUAAUUAAAACAGUUUUGGUAGUUGUAAAGAGCCUUUAUUUUAUUGAGAACAUAGAAACAGUUUCCAUUUCCCUGAUGUCAGAUUAUAAUUUAGUAAAGAAAAGGAAACAGUUGAUUUACAUCCAUCUAAAACCCUUUGAUAAAAUAUUUUACUACAGGGUAAGUUUUCAUCCAGAAUGAAUGUGAACUGAAUCAGAAAGCACUUUUAACUUUCUUAGCUGUUUCUAUUUUCACAUCAAACAUGAAUUUAUGUUCAUUUACUCUCAUUUUAAGCCUUUCGAGUUAACUUGCAAACCAUUUAUACACACAUCAGGACUGUUUUGCCCAUUUCAGGUUAACUAGUUGGCAUUGAAUGAGUGUUAUAUCUUGUGCAUGUUUUAUUUUAAUACUUCCCCAUCAGGUAAAAAUAUAAACUAACUGCAAUAUCUAUAUAAUUAAUAUGUUAUACAGGUUAUUAGAAAGGCUUCUAAGUUAAUACAGACUUAAAGUAAAUAAAAGAUAACUAUAAAAGUAACGUGUCCUUACAGGUUCUGUAAACAUUUGAAUUUUAAGUCAUGUCUAAAAAUAAAAAAAAGUGAGUGCUG